UUAACCCAUGGGUGAUGUAUGUGUAUGUAAGAUAAUUUGACGACGGUGGAGUAAAACACGUCACUGUUUACUUUUCUAAAGAAAGAAACAUCACCAACUGCUGGUUGUGAAUUUCAAACACGAAACAAAGCUACAAAGAGCAGGUCGGGGAGAAGUUGAGGAGAGGCACUUCAACAUGAACUCUGAGAGGAAACUGUCAGCGGACCAGCGGAGAGCUUUACUUUCAGAUGUCCAGAAAGUGAUUGUUGGUGAAGAACAUCUGCAGGUGUGGAGCUCCAGUCUGGACCAGGAGAACACACAGCCCCCACACAUUAAAGAGGAACACGUGGAACUCCGGAUCAUUCAGGAGGGAGAGCAGCUUCAAGGGCUGGAGGAGGCUGAUAGCACUAAUUUCCCAGUCACUCUUGUCCCUGUGAAGAGUGAAGAUGACGAAGACAACUCACAGCUUCAUCAAAGACAAACUGAAAAGAUGAAAACGGAAGCAGCCAUGACCUCAGAUCCAGAUACACAUUUACAACCAGACACUGAUGACAAGACUGGAGACUGUUCUGAGGCUGAGACUGAUGACAGUAAUGAUUGGAAGGAAACCAGCAAAACUCAGUCAGGUUUAGACUCUCUGAAUAAUGAUGCAGUCCCUGUUUCGAGUUGUAGUUCUGGUGAGAAACCAUUUAGCUGCUCUGAGUGUGGGAAAAUAUUUUGCAACAAUAGAAAUCUGAAGAGACACAUAAGAUCUCAUACAGGAGAGAAACCAUUUAGCUGCUCAAUAUGUAAGAAAUCUUUUACACGGGGUGGAAGUUUACAGAAACACAUAAGAAGCCACACAGGAGAGAGACCAUUCAGCUGCUCCGUCUGUAAGAAAGCUUUUACACGGAGUGAAGGCUUACAGAAACACAUGAUGAUACACACCGGAGAGAAAGGAUUAAGCUGCACGUUCUGUAAGAAAAGUUUUAUACAAAGUGGAAAUUUACAGGCACACAUGAGAAUCCACAAAGGAGAGAAGCCGUUCAGCUGCUCAGUGUGUAGAAAAGCUUUUACAGUGAAUGGAAAUUUAAAGAAACACAUGAGGAUACACACAGGAGAGAAACCGUACAGCUGCUCAGUCUGUAAUAAAGCUUUUACACAGAAUGGAAGUUUACAGGCACACAUGAGAAUCCACAAAGGAGAGAGACCAUUCAGCUGCUCCUUCUGUAGGAAAACCUUUGUAAAGAAUGGAAAUUUACAGAACCACAUGGUACUCCACGCAGGAAAGAAACCAUUUAGCUGUGAGGAGUGGAGCUCCAGUCUGGAAGGAGAGUAGAGAACCUCUAUCAGUCCGGUUUAAACACAGAAAAAGAAUGAAUUCUCUAAAAGUCAAAUGAGAUU